AUGUCUUCAAUUAAGUCACCACCACCAUGGGAAAUCCUAGACCUGGUUUCUCACCAUUUAGAUCCUAAAACCUUAGCCAUAGCCUCUUGUGUGUCCAAGACAUGGUACACUUGCUUCUCCUCCGACCAUCUGUGGGACCCACUUUGCGCUGCCGCCUUCCCCUCUCUCGUAACCACCCUUAGCUCGGUUGCCGCCUCGCUCCCCCGCUUCCGCCUCUAUGGUCUUGGCCAUAGCGCGGCGCUCCGCCGCCAACGGAAGCCUCGUAAACCCCGUCUCUCCCUCGACUGUCUCAUGUUCAUCUUCUCCAUCCGUCUCCCAGGCGGCGUAGUAGAGGUAGUCAAGCCAUGCAACGACAUGCACCGUGACCCUCAUGGGAUGUUCAGAUUUGAUGUCGAGGUGGCGGCGGAGGAGAGGGAGUGGACCUUGGAGGACCUUAGGAAGGCAAAGGUGACGUGGAUGGUGGCGGAGAGGGAUUGGAAAGCGGUGUUCACCGUCGCCGAGGAGAGUACCGGGAAGCUGGCUUCGGGUGUCGAGGGGUUCUUCUCGGCGGAGCUUCCAUCGCCGGGGUGUUGCUCCGGCAGGAUGUCGAGCGGGCUGGUGGCGGAUAUUCGGUUCGGGUUGAAGGACCAAGUUGAGAAAUUUAGUAAAAUGAGUAGGAUUGAGAAGGUUAGUGUUGGGAUAAUGAGUAUACUUAGUUGGAGAUAUAUUAGUCUUGAGGAUGGUCUCUUGUACUUGGACCACUUCUUCCGGGCCGGGUUUGAUUAAUUAGCAGAAUGUAAUUACUAACUAUGGAGUAUAUACUUUUGUUCUCCUAAUUAAUUACAACAUCAU